CUGUGUUACCCACGGCUAGAAUUUACGAGCAUCUCAUUAAAUCAUGGGUUUUCGUUUAUUUUCAAAACAAAAUGAAUUUCCCUCGGAUAAAUGUAAAAAACUUGCUAUUUUUACCAAAUGGUAGGGAUUAUGCUGAAGAAAUGUACGGUGAACUGAUGCUAUUGGCUUCAGCCGGCAAAACCGUCGCUGUGCUUACACAAUGUGGGUCCACCCCGAAAUUGCUACCACUGGCCAAAAGACUUGGAAUAGAGGUGUACAAAAACAAGCAGGCAUUACAGCGGUUAAUUUUUAUUUGUUGCGAAAAUGUUGGUGCAGCAGUAAAGAAGUUAUUGGACUUGCAUGCCUGGAGGGUGAAGCCCAACAUAAUUGUAAUAGAUCUAUAUACCUUUGUGACAUCUUUUGCUCAAGACAUAUCUAAACUGAAUGCAGACCUUUCAUAUUUACAAACUUUGGUUCAGUGCAUUUCAAUUUUGUUCAAUUUGAUGGAUUGCUUAAAAGACGAUAGAUCAAAGCAAGGACUUAUAGCUUACCACCUGUCACCAACAAUACAAUCCAAAGUAUUUAGCGUUGUGGUUUUACAAAAUUGUGAUGCCCUGCUGACGUUCCCGCAAGUAGAACUUAUAAGUGAUCUUUAUUAUAGUAGCCACACAUACGGCGACUUCAGAAAGAUUGUCGAUGUGAUAAGUUUGGCAACUGCCAAUUGAAGAACUUGCACCAACAUUUCUUCUGUUUUAUAAUUAGAUUAUCAUCAUCGUGGGUGAAGCACUCCACACGGAUGUUUUCUUACUAUUCAAAGUUUCAAAGCAGCAGCAACAAAUUUCUGAUGUUGAUGGUAUUUUUUUUAAUAUUAUAUUAUUAAUAUUUAUAAUAAGUUAUCAUAUACCAUGAUAUCGUCUGUCUCUCGUG